AUGAGCUUUGCGAGCCAAGAUGUGAGCUUAAGGCAGAAAAGUAGGCCCGGCGAGUCCGGACUAUUUCAGCCUUCGUCGCUCAAACGAAAGAAUCUGAAGAAACUGACUCUAGGUGGCGCUGUGGGCACGGGACGCGGGCUGCGAACGGACAACAUGGUGCCCGUAAGCAUCACCGGUAGUAGCGGCAGUAACGGCAUUGAGGCGCCUCUGGGCCUGAAUGGGAUACCGAACGGCGACUUGCGGGGUUACGGAAGUUCCGGCGUGAGCCCUACGUCGGAUCCGUCAUCUGCAGGCAUCACACCGACCGAGGAAGUUCCUGGCCUGACAUCGGACCUGGAGAACCUGUCGCUAUUUCAAGAUACGACCAUAGAGCUCCAGGACCUCGUGCAGCUGGGAAAAAUCGGUUCCGGCAAUUCCGGGACUGUGCUCAAAACGCUGCAUGUACCGGACUCGCGGAUUAUUGCCAAAAAAUCGAUUCCCGUUGAGAACAAGCAGCUCGUCAAAAGCCAGCUCAUGCGUGAGCUCUCCAUCAUGCGAAAUGUCAAGCCACACGAUAACAUCGUUGGCUUCUUCGGAGCCUUUUACACUGCCUCCACCAGCAACGAGAUCGUGAUACUUAUGGAGUACAUGGACUGCGGGUCGCUCGACAAGAUCAUGUCAACUUAUAAGGCAUUUGUGGCACGCGGCAUACAGUCGCCAACUGAGAACUGGUUCUCCGAGCCUGUGCUAUCAAAGAUUUCUUUCGCGGUUCUAAACGGCCUGCUGUAUCUGUACCGAGGCUACAAAAUUAUCCACCGAGACAUCAAGCCUUCCAAUGUGCUUAUAAACAGCAAGGGCUGCGUCAAGAUAUGCGACUUUGGAGUAUCAAAAAAACUAAUCAACUCCAUCGCGGACACUUUCGUUGGGACGUCGACUUAUAUGUCUCCCGAACGUAUCCAGGGAAGCGUUUACUCCACUAAGGGUGACGUUUGGUCGCUCGGGCUCAUGAUCAUAGAGUUGGUAACAGGUGAGUUCCCACUGGGAGGCCAUUCCGACACACCUGAGGGUAUAUUAGAUUUACUGCAGCGUAUUGUGAACGAACCGCCACCAAGGUUGCCGCCGCAACUACCAAAUGGAUUGCAGUACUCACGCGAGAUGUUUGAUUUUGUCAAUAGAUGUUGUGUCAAGGACGAGCGCGAGAGAUCGUCAUUGCAAGAGCUUCUGUGCCACGAUUUCAUUGAAAAAAGCCGGUCGCAGGGAGAUCGGGAGUUCAGACAUUGGUGUAAGCGCAUAAAGAAAUGGUUAAAAGAGGACAAGAUGCUCAGGCGCGAGGAACAAGAGCGAGCUAAACUGGUGAAACGCCAGCUGGAGAGCGCUGCCAACGCCGCCACUGCAGCAAGACAUCGCUAA